AUGGGUGGUUUACCCACAAAAAUGUUUGUUGGAGGAAGCAUGGGAGGUAGCGAGGGAGGUACUGGGAAAGAAGGAGAGGGAUUGGGGAAGGAGGAGUUGGGAGGGGGAGAGGCGGAGGUUGGAAAAUUGGGGGAGCGAGGAAGUGAGAGUGGGGAGAAGAGCGAGGGGAGGGAAGGGCGCGCAUGGGGGAAAGGUAGGGGGUAUAUGAGUUGGGGGAAGGAGGGAGGGGAUGGAAAGGAGGAAGGAAGAAAUGGAGGUAGAGAAGGGGGCGCAUGGGGGAAAGGUAGGGGGUGUAUGAGCGGGCUUUGCCUCCCUGUUUGCAUCUCUGGGGGAUUUUCUGGUGGAGGGGAGUUUGAGGAAGGGGAGGGUGGGAUUGCUGUGAGGGUUGGGCGAGAUGAGGGCGAUGAGAUGGAGGGAGGAGUGGAGGAGUGUGAGGAUGAAGAGUGUGAAAGGGAGAGUGAGGAAAAGGAGGUUGAGAUUGCUGUGGGGGAUGGGCGAGAUGAGGCUGGUGAGAUCGAUGGAGGAGUGGAGGAGGGUGAGGAGGGGAGUGAGGGGAAGAAGGUGGAGGAGAGUGAGGAUGAGGAGGAGGAGGAGGAGGAGGAGGAGGAGGAGGAGGAGGAGGAGGAGGAGGAGGAGGAGGAGGAGGAGGAGGAGGAGGAGGAGGAGGAGGAGGUGGUGGAGGAGUCAAUUGAGUGUGAUUCAAUCAAGAGAGAUGGCGGGCAAGAGAAAGAGAGAAUCAGGGAGGUUACUGCAUUGUUAGGGAAAGUUGGAGACGCUGAAAGGGGGUUGCUACAGAGGGAUGUGGGGAAGCAGGGCAAUGGGUCGUGGCAGCAAGGGGAUGAAGGGAAGCAGCAAGGCUCCGAGUCGGGAUUUGAUGCAAUGUGGAGGUCAGCAGGUGCGGUGGAGCAUGGUCAACACGACGUGGGAGAGUGGUUGCUACAGGGGGAUGCAGGGAAGCAGGACAAUGGGUCAGCACGGCAGGCAGAGGGAGGGCAGCAAGUCAGUGGGGCGUCUGAGACUGAUGGGAUGAAGGCGGGUGAUGCCUCGUGUGAGACUGAUGGGAUGAAGGCGGGUGAUGCCUCGUGUGAGACCGAUGGGGAGGGUAAGACAGGUGAUGGGUCGUGUGAGGCGGAUGGGUGUGACUGGGGAGAAGCGCGGAGGGGGAAGGCGCGGGGGUGGAUGAGAUGGAAGGUUCUGGCGGCCGUGGGUGCUGCUGCUGUGAUUAUGGGCGGGGCGGCUGUGAUUUUGACGAAGGGGAGGGGCUGGAAGGGGAGGGGAGGGAGAGAAAGGAGUGGGGAGAGGAGGGAGUGGGGGCAGAAGCAGGAGGAGGCGCGGAGAGAGGAGGAAGGGGUGGGACUGGAUGGGGAUCAAGGGGAUGAAGGGGGAGAGAGGAGAGAGAGGCGGGGGGAAGGGGAAGUGCUGGAAGAGAGGUGGUUGGUAGGGGGAGAGGGGGCUGAGGGGCCAGGGGAAGGGGAAGGAUGUAUUGUUGAGAGUUAUAACAGAAUGGGAGAGGUGGCGGAGGAGGGGUGGGUGGUACAAGUAGAGGGUAAGGAGGGAAAUGAGGGGGAGGAGGGAUGGCUGGUUCUCAAGGAGAGGAAGGAGGUGGGAGUGAAGGAAGAGGAGGAAGGAACUGAGUGCUCAGUGGGGGACCAGCAGCAUAGGGAUGAGGAGGAGUGGGUGGGGGAGCAGCAGCGGUGGCAGGGGGAGCAACAGAGGGUGGAGAGGGACCGUGAGAGGAGGAGAGGCGUGUGGGGUGGUUUGUGCUUCAAGGGGGGUGGGUUAGGCCUUGGUGUGGGGGAUGAAGAGGAGGGAGAUGCGGAAGAGGAGACGGAGGAGGAAGAGGACGAAGAGGAGGACGAGCCGAUGUCCAUGUUCAUCAAUCGUUUCGAGGAAGAGGCAGAAGAGGAGGCAGCAGCAGCAGUGGAAGAAAAAUUCCUUUCCAGCCUUACCGUGCAUGGCGAAUAUGACUAUAAUGGGGGAUACAGCAAUUAUAGCCAGUAUGGGUAUCACGGGGGCUAUAGAAGCGCUGCUGGUGACUAUAGCGAGGGAGAAGAAGAGAGGUGGAGAGGGGGAUUGGGGGAGGAGGAAAAGGGAGAGGAGGGGGAGGAGUGGUUCUAUGAGAGGGAGUGGGAGGUAUUUGUUCGGACACUGAAAGAGGGAGAGAGAGGAGGGUAUGGGGACACACUGAGAGACGGGGAGAGAGGAAGGAGGUGGGAAACAUUCAGUAAGAGGGAGAGUGACGGGAGAGCGGAGGGAGAGGGGAAAGGAGGGGAAUGGGCAGGGAGAGGAGGGAGAAGAGGGGGGUUGGAGUGCGGAGUGGUGGUGAGGGGUGCAGAGAUGUAUGGUGGGAAUGCAGAGGCUUAUGCAUGUGAUGAUGGUACAGCGGUGUGUGCGAGGGAGUGGGUAGGGGAAGUGUGGGAAGGGAGGGAGUGGGAUGGGGUUGAUUGCGGUGCAAAGGAGUGGGAUGGUGCUGGAAGGAGUGAGAGGGAGUGGUUUGAGGAGGAUGCUGGCCUGUCACAAGGGAGCAGCACUGCCCGCUCUUUCUAUUCCUUUAACCCCACCACUUUUGUCCCAUUUUCCUAUAAGCCCGCUCUUUCUAUUCCUUCUACCCCACCACUUUCGCCCCAUUUUCCUAUUCCUGCCAACCCACCCGUUUCGCCCGCUCUUUCUCUUCCUGCCACCCACCUGUUUCAUGAAACCCUUCUUUCUUCCCCCUUCAAUCUCUUCUUCCCUUUUUCCUUCCAAUCUCUGCUUCCAGAUUCCCUGAUCACCAUUCGAGGGGGUCUCACCAUUCGAGGGGGUCUCACCAUUCGAGGGGGUCUCACCAUUCGAGGGGGUCUCACCAUUCGAGGGGGUCUCACCAUUCGAGGGGGUCUCACCAUUCGAGGGGGUCUCAUCCUUCCUCUGUCCCAGCUCCUUUUGAGACGUCUCAAAAGUCUUCCAGAUUCCCUGCCAUUCGAGGGGGUCUCACCCUUCCUCUGUCCCACCUCCUGCUCCCAACCACUCUCUCCUUUUGCUCUACCCCAAGCCGUUUCUAACUAA